GUAAAUAUUUUAAUUUUUUUCGGUCAGAAGAAGAUGUUAUGUAGAUAAGGUUAUUUUGUCAUUAAUUUUGUUUUAUUGCGUAACAUUUUAAAAUAUUUUAAAUUAUUUUUGCUGUUUUAUGUUUUCUGUUGAUGUUAAUGUUUCCCAAUCUCACAAAAUAAAUUUUCAAAUUCAGGCUUUUUCUUCAAAACAGUAGCUCCAAGUAUGGAUUGUUCAGAAGAGACUGUGAAAAAAAAGUAUUCUGGAGAAGUGAACGAAAAACCCAGCAUAAAAUUAAAUAAUAUUGCGAAAAGAAAUCCGGGCGUUUGCAAAUUCUUUUUAUCCGGUCGUUGUUGGAGAAAUAACGAUUGUAAAUUUUUACAUAAUGGAGUCCCAGCUGUUUCUAAUGUUAAUCUGGUUGGUACUAGCAAUCAAAACCUAGAUAUUUUAUCUAAUGAGCGAACACCUAGUUCUGAAAGUGAUGAACAUAAUCAUUCAUCCAACGAUGAAAUAUAUGUAAAUGAACAUCCUAAAUAUUCUAAUAAAAUUUGUAAAUAUUAUAAAGCAGGCUACUGCAGAAACUCUGAUUGUCUUUUCCAACAUUCCUAUAGAUUCUAUAACAAUUUCAAGCAAAGACACUCAGGUAUUCUUCAAAAUGAGGGCUACAGUACUAAAACAUAUGUAAAUAGGAAUUCAAAGCAAACGAAAUCUGUACCUCUUUGUAAAUAUUAUAAAAGAGGUCUUUGUAGAAAUGGUGACCAGUGUAAAUUUUAUCAUCCAAAAAGUGCCCUUCCAGCAACUGAUUCUGAGAUAAAUUCUGAAGAAUGUACGGAAGAGAAGCAACAGGUGAAGGAAAGCAACAGUAGUGUGAAUAUUCCACUUCAGAAAGAAACAGUUGUUAGAGCUGUGAUCAAAAGCAAUCAAAAUAUUUUUGAAUUGGACUCCUUGUCAAAUGAAGACAUCUCAAACAUUAGGAACAAUGAAAUAACGCAGCUGAAGAAAAGAUUUGUAAACCAUAUUGUUAUAGAAGAAGAUGCAAUAUUUAAGUUUGAAUUUCAACCCUCAGACCCGGAUUGGCCAUUUGAUAUGAGAAGCUUGCAAAUUGAAGCAAAUUUUCCACAAAGCUACCCUAUAGAAGUGUGUGAAGUUGAAGUGUUACGCAAUUCAGAAAAUAUCCCCCUCGUUUUAGUAAAGUACUUAAAUCGAAGCAUUGUCGAAUGGUUUGAAAAAAGGCUUGAAGAGCUGAAGAAGAAUAGUAAAGUUGAGAUGAUGUUCCGGCCAUUUCUUAAGUGGUUUGACAAAAACUUGGAAGAACUUUUUAUUGCUGGUUUAAAAAUGGUGCAACGUGAUAUGAAAGCAAAAGAAGCUGGUAUUGAAUUCGUUCCCCCUGAGGCCCUUUUCAAAUCUAAUGAAUCGCAAACGGCUCAGGAUCCCUGCUCUCUUUCCGAUGAUGAACCUACAGGAGUUGAUACCAGUGUUAAUGUUGAGAUGCUCAGAAAUGAAACUCCAAAAAUACCACAACAGAAAGGAACUACAGAAAGACAAAAUAACAAUUCCGAAAAUCAAGGCACUAAAAUCUUGUUUUCUAACUUAGAGCUGACUGAAGGAGCUGCUGCAAUGACAUGCUCUAAAAUAUCAGUUAGUUUGCAGUGUAUUCGCUGUAAAACUCUGUGCAAUUUGAAUUAUGUUGCAAAAAAGAAUUGCUGUCACAGAUGCACAAAAUGCAGCAAAGACAUUGCUUUCGUUUUUAAUCCAUCCACACUUCAUCCAUACUCCAAUGUUCUUGGAACUAUGAUUCUACUGAAUUGCAAAGUGGUAGACAUAAAUUUAGUAGAGUGCUAUUUUUUAGUUGACUGCUUGAACUGUAGUAAGCAAGUUUCUCUUAGCGGACUGCAUUACAGCCAAACUCAUAAAAUGUGGUGUCUGUAUUGCAAUCAAAAAUUGGUCAUUUGCAUUGGAGGAGUCAAGUUUCAAGCCUCAAAAGAGUCUAUGUUUACAGGAAUUAAAUAUAUACCAGCUAAAAAGAUUGCAAAGCAGAAAGAUCCUGUUGUGAAGGAAGGAGAGCCACUGCCCCAAUUUGGGACUUGUAAACAUUACAAAAAGAGUUUCCGUUGGCUGAGGUUCCCAUGCUGUGGAAGAAUAUAUCCCUGUGAUUUAUGUCAUGAUGAAAAGGAGAAAGACCAUGAAAUGAAGUUUGCUUCUCGUAUGCUGUGCGGCUUUUGUGCCAAAGAACAACAAUACAACCGUGAUAAACCUUGCACUGGAUGUUCUUCAAGCAUGACCAAAAAAUCUGGUUCUCACUGGGAGGGUGGAAAAGGCUGCAGAAAUAAAAUACAGAUGAGCAGGGAAGAUAAGCAGAAAUAUGCUGGAACUGCCAAAACAAUUUCGAGAAAAGCCCAAAGUACUACAGUGGGGAAGAAAGCUUAAGUUGACACAGUUUAAUGAUUUAAUUUGUAUUUCACAGCUAUCCAUAUUGUAUGAAAAAUGCUUUCCUGUUUUUUUUUAACAC